AUGAAGAGGAUUGAUGCAGCACGCAAGUAUUCUGCCUUAAAACCAGUGGAACAGCCUUCCGGGGUGACCAGCACUCCUCCUGCAGUCUCCAGCCCUGCCAGCCCCUCUGCGCAACCAGAGGGACCUGCAGAGUGGGUGCAGAGCAGUGUUGGCAGCGCUGCGCAGGCCGCCCCAUUCAUAAGGGAGAUAAUACAGAGGGAGGCGAGCAGCAGCAGCAUCAGCCAGGAUCUCAGUGCAGAGCAAUUCACGCUGGCCAAGGAGGCGGAGCAGCGUGAGCGUGGAGCAGAUCUCAUCACCAUCGACAGCAGGGACGCUGGCGGCGGUGCAGAGGGGGCAUACAGGCCCAAGGUGGCCACUUGGGGAGUCUUUCCGAGGCCGUCGAACAUCAGUCGAGAGUAUGGGGGCGGCCGCACCAUCCGGCCUGGCGAGGCGCUGGAGUCAGAGGCAGAAACGCUGGCGCGGAAGAAGCGGGUGGCCGAGGCGCUGUCCAGCUACAAGAAGAAUGCGGGCCUCGAGGUCGACCCUGCCGCAGAGGCCUCUGCCAAAGAGGCCUAUGACCGCGGUGUACAGCUCAUGCAGAGGGGGCAGCUGGCUGCGGCUCUAGUGCCCUUUGAUGAGGUCCUCACCUUCGUAUCCAUGAGGACUCGAGUGGGCGGCGAGACUACUCUGCAAAAGGCCAUCUGCCUUGACUCCUUGGGGCGCCAAGAUGAAGCCAUGGCUUUGUACAAACAGAUUUCGCGGCACUCAGCGCCGGGCGUGUCGAAGAAGGCAAAGCAGAUGCUGUUCGGCUUCACCUCCAUGGACUACCUGAAGACUCACACCAUCUCCUACAGCGUGCAGCGCGGCGCGUACGACGAGUACUUCACAAAGCUGACGGGGCAGUGGAACAACAUGUACAGCGCAGAGGGAGAGCCGGACGACGGCUCGCUCACCGUGGCGACAGUGGUGGCCACUGCCGUCAUGAUGGCUCCCCUGGUGCUUGUGGGGGUCAAGCUUGGGGCGCGGCUGCUCAAGUAA